AUGAAAAGUCAAUUCUUGGAAAGUAUUGAAAGAGUGCAAAUUAAAUUUCUAACAUUUAAUUAUAAUACUCUUGGAGCUAAGGUAAUUCAAGGUUUUGUUUUAAUGAAAAAUUUAACACACCUCACAUUAGGAAGUCACUUUACUAAUGAGGAUGGUUUAAAGUCAAUUGGAACAUUGAAACAUUUGAUUCAUCUCUGUGUUGAUUUUAAUGGGAUUGGGUUGGAAGGAGCAAAUUAUAUUAGCCAAUUGGAAAAAUUAGAAUCUCUCAGUAUUAGAUAUAAUUAUAUUGGUGCAGAAGGAGCAAAAGUAAUUAGUGAAAUGAAAACAUUGACUUGGCUAAAUGUUUCAUCAAAUAGGAUUGGAGGAGAGGGUGCCAAAGCCAUAAGUCAGAUGAAACAACUAACUUAUCUUGAUAUAGGUGAUAAUAAGGUUGGUGAUGAGGAGGUGAUCUUGUUGAGCGAGUUGGACCAAUUAACAGCUCUCUCAAUUGAUCGUAUAAAUCCUGACGGAAUUAAUGCAAUUAGCAAAAUGAACAAAUUGGUUUCCCUAAGCAUAAAUAAUUGUACUAUUCUCGAUGAAUGUGAGGAGCUUAGCAAAAUGAAACAAUUAACAUUGCUAGAUAUUAAAUCGAAUGGUAUCAGUGCUAAAGGAGUUAAGCAAUUAAGUGGAUUGAGUCAAUUAACACAUUUGAAUAUUUCUUCAAAUGCAUUCGGUGAUGAUGGGGCUAAAUCCAUCAGUGAGAUUAAACAAUUGACAGAACUAUUUGUUAAUGAUUGUCAAAUUUCUGAUGAUGGAAUGAAAUCUUUGGGUGAUUUGAACGAAUUAACAAUACUGGAUAUUUCAAACAAUUAUAUUACAGAUGAGGGAUCACUAUAUCUCACUAAAUUGGAAAAGUUAACAGCUCUCGAGGUGAACAAUAAUGAAUUGUCUUACCAGGGGGUAAAGCAUAUGAUUAAUAUGAAUCAAUUAACGGCACUAUCAAUUAGGCAUAAUCAAUUUACAUUCGUGCAGAAUGAAGUAUUUUCACAAUUCAAACAAUUAAAGCUUCUGAAUGGCAUUAGCUUUCGCGAAUGA